UCAAAGCCUAUCGUAACCAAGACAAUAUCGAUUUUGAAAUACUUUUAAUAUUUCUUGUCUUUAACAUUAAUGAUCUAAUCCGAAGCUUUGAAUGUUUUUGUAAAUUAAGUAUAUACAUAAUGGAGUACGAUUUAUCACGGAUUGAUUACACCCUCUGCGGAAUUACAUACCCGGAAACUUUAAAAAUACUACCCAGUUUAGGCGAUAAAGUACAACAAAAAUUUGCAGUUGGUGAUAAAAGCGGUGUUUUUCAAUGCCUGGCGAUAAAAGACGAAGAACCUGUCAUUCAAUUUAAGACAUUGCCGGGAAAACCCAUUACUUCUGUGCAACUAGCGAUUUCUACGGGUACAAAUGUAGAUAAAAUUUUUGCAGCGUCAGGGAACGAAGUAAAGGGUUAUACUAGGAAGGGGAAGGUGUUUUUGACGAUCGAAUCUCCAGUGUCUGAAACAAUAACAUCUAUGUGUGUUCUCGGCAGCGAUUUGAUAUUAUGCAGUGGACGUACAAUAACUUAUUGUAAAGAUUUUCGUGAAAUAACAACUUUCAUGUGUGAAGAUAGGGUGUUGGAUGCUGCUUCAUUCAAAGCUCCAAAUAGCAAUCGUGUACGAUUACUUCUGCUUAUUGCCAAUAAAGGAGCUGUGAUUGUGGAAAAUGGUCAUGUCAUUACGCGCAUGUAUAUUCAAUCGGGACCAUCCCGCCUUUUAGUACCUCAGUCAAUACGUGCCACUGAUAUCUGUGCAUUUUAUGGAGCCGCAGAUGGAUCUCUAGGAUUAAUUUCAUAUAAUGAUUAAGUCAUAAUUUCUUUUCAAAGGUCACAAUUAUCAAGUAAAUGCUUGGAAGAAGGACAAGGACUAGGAUCGGUUAUGUGUGUAGGUUGGUUUUACAAUCAUGUUGGAACACAUCUUGCUGUUGGUCGUCACGAUGGCUCUAUACAACUCUAUCUCAUAAAUGCUGACAAAUUAGAGGACAAAUUGCAUCUUAAGUUUACAUAUUUUUGCGGAGAACCAGUUACAUCAAUUUCUGGAGGAUGCAUUGGUACCGAUGAACCCGAAUUAUUGGCAGCCACAUUCUCCGGUAGAGUCUUUGGACUAAGACCUCGUCGUCUUCUAUCAUCUUCAUCUGUUCUUAACAAUAUUCCCGCGGAUGCUCUUGCGUCACGAAGACUAAAGCUAGAAAAUGAAGUUGCCCGUUUAGAAAAGCAAACCGCAAAUGAACGAGAAAAGUAUCAAAAAAGUACACGAUCACUACAAAGCGGCCUAUCGAUGCCACCCUUGUUGGAUAUACAACAUGAGUUAACGGGAGCUACGAAAAAUGGUUGGCAAGAAGCUAGAAUAAUAUCUGCGCUACCGCUUGACAUGCUAUUUAUAUAUUGCAAUAAUAAACUUGAAAUACAAACAGAAAGUGCAGCCGUUCUUAGCAUUUGCCCGUCUCAGGACCGAAGAUCUCCGGAAUUAUUAGCCACAAUAAGAUGUCAAGCUGGAACGAGGCGUUUAUGGAUACAAAUGCGAUAUUUUAACGACAUUUCAAUAACGGAAAGUGUAACAGUUUUUGUAUACGUUUUGCCAUCAGGAGCACCACGAGUGGCGAGACUCGUAAAAUUUAAAUUACCCGUUUUGCCGCACUAUUCGCUGCAUGCGGAUGAAAAUUUAGAAGAAUCUAAAAGGUGUUUUAGCGAAAUUCGAGUGAGGGGUAGUUUCUCAGUAGCUGAAGUAACGUCGUGGCUUAGCGAAGCUUUGCCAGAAGCGCUUCCCAAACCUUCUAAUAAUGUAUAUUUUCUUCGAGCUCAUGCACUUGUAGGAACAUUGUUAAUUUGUCAAUACCAGCGCAGCUCAGCAACUUUUAGAUCUGAUAAUAUAUCAACUUUGGUUCAAUUACGAGAUAUUAUUUUAAACUGUACUGUGAAAAAGGGAUUAAGAGUUGAUAUUGUGUGUGAUGUACCAGAGUAUUGUUGUGUUAUAGCUUUCAGAAGUAUUAAAGAUCUGUUAAUAAGAGAAUAUGAAAAAAGACAACAAUUAAGAUUAAAAGAAGCCUUGAGCUCUUUAGAUUUAGAUGCAAAUACAAUAAGCAGUGAAGGAAAAUCAUUAAUUUGUAGUGAUUAUCUACGGAUAUUGACAUCAUCAGAAACUUCAACUGAAACUUGUUUUGAGGAAAUAUCAUCAGCCAUAGAGGAUUGGUAUAAGGAUUGGUGCAAACUAUCUAUGCAAAAAAAAUUUGACAACAAUGACCUAAUUCAACUUAAAGAAGCUUUGCAGAAAUGCAGAUUGGAAUCUAUUGAAGAAAUAUUUUCAAUUAAAAAACAGGAUCAUUAAAAUUGUA